AUGGCCAAUGCAUUGGAAAAAUAUUCUAAAACAAAAUUUAAAAAAGAUAUAGUUGUUGAUACUGAGCAUUACUCGCCCUAUAUUCGAAAAUUAGGCGAUGAAGCUAAAGAUAUUCCCUUCACAAUUCAGCUGCCUUGGGAACAACUAAACUCUUGGUAUCAAACCAAGCAAAGCGAACUAAUCGAAUAUUCAUAUGUGCAAAUUUUAAAUGCAUUUCUAUGUAAACGAUAUCCUACGAAGAUUCAAGAAAACUGUCCCAGAAUCGAGGAGAAUUUGCGGAAAAGUUGCUCUCGGGCGGCACAGAAAAUCGUCAGGACAAGGGGGAGAAAACGGGAAGAUCUGUUCGGAAAAGUUACAAGUUUUGCUGUGCAACAGAACGAACUUGUAACAGCUCAAACGGUGAGUGUCUUGCAGAGUAAUAUAGAACGACUCGAAAGGGCCAACGCACAGGUUACAAGUCAAAAUGCCCUAUUAAAUAUCAAACAAAACGAGACGUCGGCGCUGGUAAACAAAAUGCAAAUAACAAUUGAUAAAGCUAAAGUGGACAUAGAUAAAUUGAAGCAAGAAAAUGAAAGUUUAUAUAGUGUCAUUGAAAAGAUCUCCCCUCAAAGAAAAUUUGAGGACAAAGGGAAAUGCAUUACCGAGGUAGGAAAACGGCAGCAAGAACGCAAGCUUAAAACCUUGGAAACGCGAGUAGAACAGGCAUUGUGGUUCAGUGAAUCCUUUGGGCUAAAGUUAGACACAGUUAAAUUGGUCGAUCACUUGGGGAAACCGUAUUCUCUCUCAUUUGGAGAAAAAGGAAGGAAAUCCUACAAAGAUCUGCCCACUGAAGAGCAGCAAAAAAUUCAGGAGACAUUACAUAUCAUGGACAAAUUUUGCAUCAGUGAUGCUUCCUACCAUGAACUGUCCUGUUGUCCAGGAGGAGAUGAACUUCCUAGAUCAUAUCUCAUCAAGCAGUGCAAAGAAGACUUAAACAAACUCGUCUAUAUUGAAAGGACACCUGGAGAAGCAAAUGGGGCUGCUCUUAAUUUCCAGGAUGAGUUAAGGGUGGUCAUUGAAGGGAUGGUAAGAUACCUAAUCCUUUUAAAUAUAAUAUGAACUAUAUAUUUUGUAAAACAGGCCCAUGUUGAGGAGCUAUAAAGUAACCAAGUAAAUUGAACCCCAAAAUAAGUUUCAAAUUGGCUGCAUUCAGAAUUUUAACCCUUUAAGUGGUAAUGUGCCCAGAUGCGCCCUACUUUAUUAUUUUACUCUGUCUAACACCAGAUGAUUUUACUCAUCAGAGGAAGAGUGCCGCCACUCAAUGGGUUAAUUAAAGUACUAUAAAAGUUUGCAACCUUGAAUUUUAGAUUGAGGCUGAUGAGACACUAAAAGAUGCCCACUUCAAGGUGAAAAUCAGUGGUGAUGGGGCAAAGAUGACACGUCUAACAAACUUCAUUAUUAUAAGUUUUUCAAUCUUAAAUGCUGAAGAUACAGUAAUGUCAUCAAAAGGUAUUACUUUAUAUUGUAUAGACUUCAUUUGUUAGAGUUCAUGAUUGCAAAUAUUAAAUAUUGUAGUCGAGAUGCCUAAAACAUUGAAAAUUGCCCAAUGACCAUUUCAACAAUCAAACUUUCAAUCCAACUGUUUCAUUCCAAGCUUAGCAGAAAAUCACCUGUGAUUACUUUAAAUAUAAAGUAAUAAUAAAUCUAUUUCUUUACAUAAAGGAAAUCAUACCGUUGCUGUCAUUAAGGGUCAUGAGGACUACGCUCUGUUGAAAGAAUCAUGCUCCAAGAUUUUUGAUGAUAUAAAUAAGUUAGCAAGUUCUGGAAAAAUCAAAAUUAAGGACAAGGAUGUACCAAUUGAAAUUUUUGUGGGAGGUGAUUACAAGGUACAUGUAACCUAUUAGUAUCCAUCAUAAAGCUUUGGUCUUGUGAGGUAACAAAUAGCAGGGAUCAGUGUGGGCAAAUCCUAGUAUAAAAAAAUUAUUUGAUAUGAUGCGACUUCUUGCAGGGAAAAUAUUGGUCACUAUGGCUUGUCGCAUUGUGUUGGCACCUCACAUCACAGGGCACAAAAUGUACAUGUAUGCGGUCCCAAACAUGCCAUUGGCCCCUGCAACUGUUAAAAAAUUUUAAGCUUUUCCAGGUUUAAACUAAUUAAAAUAUAUAUGUUUGUGUUUUUUAAGUUCCUGUUGUUGAUACUUGGAUUGAAAGGGGCCACCUCAGACUAUGCUUGCAUUUGGUGUAAAAUACACAAGUUAUUAAGGUAGAUUAUUAAAGUGCAUCUUCUUACUGUGUGUAAAGGAACUAUCUGAUAUACCAAAUCAUGAGAUAUAUCUGAUAUCAUGUUUGUCAUUGUCUAUUUAGGUGGGAUAUGUCCAAAACAAUGGUUUACUGGGAAACACAUGAUUGCCGUUCACUCAAAGACAUCAAAGAUUGUGCCUUAAAAAAUCAAUUUUCUUGCCAGCACCAACCAUUGCUGGAAGUAAAACUUGAAAAUGUUGUAUUGGAUGAACUACAUUUAAUGCUUCGCAUCACAGGUGAUCAUUAUCUGUCUCAUAAAAUAUUUGCCACUGUUUAAUAUAUCCAAUUCAUCCCCAAUGUACUCUCUCCCUUGUUUACCAUAUUCAGUUUAAUUAAGUUGCACUCCUCAAGGGUGAGUGUUAGGCAAUAGGCAUUAAUUAACCGAUGCUAAGAUGCUAUUGCAAUCAGAUCUAUUAAACGUACAAAGUUGUCCUUCAGUAGCAUUAUAUGAAUGUUGUUGGUUCAAGUGAGGCCAAAAGCUACUGUUAAAAGUAAAGUAAAUUUUAUUUUAAAACUAUAAAAAUAUAAGUAAAGGUGAUCUACAGUCCGAUCUGCGCAUGUGCACAAAUGAGCCCACUUUUUAUGAUACAAACAAUUUAACUAUGUUUUGAGUUCUUGAAAAGCCUGGUUGCUGUUUCUUGAUCAUUUAUUAUACUCCAGAAGCUUGAAAAUAUAAAUAGUUGUCGAAUAAAGCUCAAUAUUUUGGAUACAAACAAAGGCUUUGUUUACAUACGGACUGUAGAUCACCUUUAAAAUAAAAUUUCCGCCUACUUUACUUUACUUUUAACAGUAGCUUUUGACCUCACUUGAACCAACAGCAAUCAGAUCUGUACGUUUGGAUCUAGCGAGAUUUCAUCAGUUAUUAACCUGUAGGUCAUCAUAUUUUAGCAAACUUGGCUCUGUUUUAUUACAAUCUCAAAAUUGACAUACCUUUAACUUGAUUGCCUGCAAGUAUGAACACUGCAACAUCACUGAUGUAUUAAAAUUCACUGCAAGCCAUAUUAGUAUCUUAUACAGUCAACAACUAGGUUACUAGAAAGAUAUCUUUAUUGUAAUAGCACAGGUAGCCCAACAAUUGGUACAAAAUACUUUAUUGAUUCAAUUAUUAAUGAGUACCCCCCCCCCCCAAUUCUCAACUCUAUUCAAAAUAGCAUUUUAUAUUUAAUUUGUAUUAUAUUAACUAUUGUAAACUUUUAUCUCUCUGAUUUCAUCAAAUAUUGUAGAUGUAUUGACUAAAAGUUUAAUUAAUGAAGCUCUGGAGUGGGACGUAAAAGAUAACACCCAUAAAGCACCAAAGGAUAGGACAAGCAAACACUUGUCAGACCUUAUCAAGUGCAUCCAGGAAUGUGGUGUUUCAUUCAAUGUGUGGGAGAAACGGAAUGCAGAUGGAAAAGGAAGUGGGGUACAUGACUUUACCAGUUUGAUGGGUUCAGGCAAAAAGUUAUUGAUGAAGCAUCUCCCUGAUAAAUUGAAUGGUGUAAUCAAGCCAAAAAACUGCGACUCUGUUGUCAAGAUCUGGAAGGUGAUAAAAGUGCAUUGCAAAGCCAACUCGCAACUGUUGAGUGCUUACAUAUUAUUAUAAUAUAUGUAGGCGCUGAACAAUUCCUUAAUUUAUAGGACUUUUACAAGAUUUAUCGAAUGAUGAAUGAGUGUGAUCCAUCACCUGAUAGAAUUGAAGAAUUCUUUGAACUGGUUAGUACCAUACAAAUUACUAUCAUGUGUAUUGCAAGAGCCUGUCAUUUUCUUUGAUUAACCCUGAUUUUGUUACCAAGAAUCCCUUUGAGAAAAAGCAAUGAAAACUCAAAUGAAUUGUUGGUAGACAAACUGAGGGUUAAUAAAAUUGUCUACCAUAGCUUUUAACACAGUGUAACAAUAUAUUGUACAACAGUUGAGUUCUUUUUAAAAAUCAAAAUUUACAUUAUUUUAUACUAGGCAAGUGCAUGGGGUAAGCUUUUUGUUUCUCUUGGUGGCGAAGUUAGUGGAUUUGGAAAACAACAUGUCACACCAUAUAUGCACUGCUUGGUGUACCAUGUCCCAAACUUUAUGCUGAGACAUAAUGGCAUACGAAAGUUCACAGGGCAAGGUAAUAAUGAUUGCAUUGUAAUCCUAAUUUCAAAUCACACUUAUACCAUGUUGUUUAACAUCAAUUAUAUGUGCACUUUCUCUUUUUGUGUGUACAAAGGGGUGGAGAAAAAUAAUGAUGAUGUCAGGAAAUUUCACCUGACAAAGUCUAACAAAUGGGAUGCACCUAAAGAUAUUUUGCUUGUUAGCAAGCGACUGCAGUUCACCAGUCAACAUGAGCGAGAACCAAGGCCAUAUAUGAAGAGAAAUGGUGAAUACUGGUCAACUGAGAUCAAAGAGGCAAGAAACAAACGAAGAAAGUUGUUUGACACCCCAUGUCCAGAAUCGCAAGCUAACAAUCCAGCAAGUGUUUUAGAUAUCAAUGGUCUUUCAGUUCUUGAAAUUAAACAAAAGCUGAAGGAACUAGGAGUUAAAACACGAGCCCGAAAAUUAGAAAAAUUGCAAGAGAUUUUGAAAAGAGCACUUGAAGAUCAAUAA